AUGGGCAUCUUCAAGAGGAGAGAAAAGGACAAAGCUGCUUCAGCUAACGGCGAGCCUCGUUCUCCUAUUCAUAACCACAGCCCCAGAGGCCCAUUCAGCAGUAUGCGACAAGCGAAUAGCAUCCCCUCGCAGAAUGCCAGCAUACCAGACAUACCACUGCCCAAAGCUCCAGAUCCGCACGUCGACCCGGCCGCCUAUCUACGCAGCAUCUAUUCCGUGAGAGAGCGAAGCAAGCUUGUGCUAGAGAAGGCCAUGAGAAACCAGCUACGCCACUUCGAUGUUGAUAUGUCAAAGUUUGCCGACACGGCGCAUUAUGUUGUUGCAAUUAUAAAGCGCGACUAUGCUCCAGACUAUUCCUCUAUUCCUCCUCACGGCAGGUGGCAGCACUUUGAGGUCGGUGGCAGACCGCGAGUCGAUCAGCUCAUGCAGACUUGGCCGAGUACGGUGGACAGCCACGAAAGAACACGACGAUUGAUCGAUCUAUUUCUGGUUUCGGUGCUUUUAGACGCCGGUGCUGGCGCCAAAUGGCAGUACAAAUCGAAAGAGAGUGGGAAAGUGUUCAAGCGCAGCGAGGGUCUCGCAGUAGCAAGCUUGGAGAUGUUCAAGACCGGCUUGUUCUCCAGCAAUCCCGAUCAGCCAUUUCAGGUGAACAGCGAGGCAUUGAAGAAGUUGACGGUGGAGCAAAUGGGCAAGGGAUUGCAGGUCAAUCCGGAGAAUCCCAUGGAUGGACUGGAGGGUCGAACGAACUUGCUCAUCCGACUUGGCGAUGCGCUUCUGAACCAAGAAAUCUUUGGUCCCGAAGCAAGACCCGGCAACAUGCUCGAUUACCUACUCGCGCAUCCCUCGACGUACGCGACAUCGAUUCCGAUCAUACCUCUGCCGACACUAUGGGACACCCUCAUGAAUGGUCUCGUUGCCAUCUGGCCUGCCACGAGAACGCAGAUUGAUGGAGUUCCACUCGGUGACGCCUGGCCUUGUGGCUCCAUGCCAUCACAUCCCAACACUCCUUGGGAAAGCAUUGUGCCAUUCCACAAGUUGACGCAGUGGCUGACCUACUCCCUCAUGGUCCCCAUGCAGAAGCUGGCGCAUGUGCACUUCGUAGGUGUGGAGCUAAUGACCGGCCUGCCCGAGUACCGAAAUGGUGGCCUGCUUGUGGACACCGGCCUUCUCACGUUGAAGGAGGAAGACGCCAUUCGUGGUUUGGAGCAUUACCAAAUGAAUUCUACAAGGCAAGGACAGCCGAACGUGGAAGUGGUACCAAUGUUUACAGCUGACGACGAUGUCAUUGUCGAGUGGCGAGCUUUGACUGUCGGGUUCCUGGACGAGCUUUUGGUGGAAGUCAACGCUCUGCUCGAUCUUUCUGGCGAGAACAAACUUAGCUUGGCACAGAUGCUCGAAGCCGGAACGUGGAAGGGCGGACGAGAAAUUGCAGAAGUCUCACGACCCAAUACCAAAGAGCCACCUAUCAUGAUCAUAUCCGAUGGCACAGUGUUCUAG